AUGACCGACCCCGUUAUAAUCGCAUCCGGUCAAACGUUCGAGCGCGCGGAGAUCGAGCGGUGGUUUGGCGAGGGGAAGCGCGUGUGCCCUGUCUCCGGGCAGCACCUCGAAAAUCUCACCGUCGUGCCGAACAACUCCCUCCGCAGCGUCAUCUCCGCGUGGUGCCUCGGCAACGGCAUCAGGCUCGGCGCGGAGGAUCGCACCAACCCUACCGCAGGCCAGCUCGCCGAGCCGAAACGCCGAGCCUCGUUCCACGCCGGCCCGUCGACAUCCUCUCCUUCGAGAUCGUUUUCGAGCAAUGCCGGCCGCGAAGCCCGCCGGCAGUCCAGCGGCUCGUACGAGCAGAGCCCCUCCCCGUCGCCCCGGUGCCCUAUUUGGCCCGUGUCGGCCUCGGUAUCCUCGCAGUCUCCCUCCGCAUCUCCCGCGUACACGUCUGCUAAGAGCACCGGCAGUCCCGGCAUGCGGCGCGACUGGAAUCAAUAUCCCGGGAGGGACGAGUGGAGCGGCCCGCAGCCGCGCCGCGACGAGUGGUCGGGGCCGCAGUCGGUCGAGUUUGCGAUGCAAUCCGGCAUAGCGUCGCAGGCGGCCGUCCCGUCGCAGGCGGCCGUCCCGUCGCAGGCGGCCGUCCCGUCGCAGGCGGCCGUCCCGUCGCAGGCGGAAAUGUCGCACGGUCACGGCGCUGGCUCUCCGGCGCCGCAGGAGAGAGACAGUGGCGGCGGCGGUGGCAGACUGCCGAAUCGCAUGCGACACUCCCUAGGCUCGCAGUCUAUGCGCUACGAUUAUCCCGAGCACGCGUCGCGGUCGCCGCAGUCGCAUUCCCUAAUCUCCUGGGAUCACGACGGGGAUCAAUCGGACCGGCAUCAUCAACCAGGAAUGAAUCCCGCUCUAGCGUACAUGACGCCAAACCAUCCCGUAGCGUCCGUCUACGUCACUAACGCGGCCGGCAGCCCGUCCGUUAGCCGGUUCUCCUCGCGCGACAUGUACCUCACGUUCGCGCGCUCGUCCACCUGCGACUCGAGCUCCAACAGCCGGUCGUUACUCUUAGGCCGGGAGCACGGCACCGCGCCGCCGGAGCGUGAGGGCGCCCCGAGCGAGGGCGGCGCGGGCGAGCGCAUGCUGACUCGCGGCGGAAACCUCGCGGCCGGGCGGAGCCAGAGUCAGAAGGAGCGCGCGCCGGGCGGAAGCAGAGCGGGGAUGGUGCGGACGGAAGAGGAGGAGCACGCGCGGCUGCGCAUUCCGGAGCUCGUGCGCCAGAUGCAGGGCGUGGGCGCGGGGCGGGGAUCGGGGGGCGGCGAGACGCUGCUGGUGCGCGAGCGGCAGCAGGAGGCGGCGGAGGAGCUGCGGAUGAUGGUGAAGGAUUCGCGCGCGAACCGGGAGAGCGUCGUCGCGGCGGGCGGCGGCGUGCUCUCUGCGCUGAUUAAUCUCUUCUGGAGCGAGGACGAGGUGACCGUGGAGCACGCGGUCACUGCGACUCUAAAUCUCUCGUUGACGUCGUCGUCGCACGCGCCGCUGAUUGGCCAGGGCGUCGUGCCCGCCCUCGUCGCGGUGCUCUCGGGCGGCGCCGCCGCGUCGUGCUGCUCGUCGCCCGUCUCGUCGCCGAGCGUCGCAGGGUCCAGGGCGGGGCAGCGCCAGUGGGGGGAGAGUUUCACCGCAGCAGGCGCGGCAGGCGGAAACGAAUUGGAAUACGGCUCGGGAUUGGAGGAGAAAGCCACGGCGGUUCUCGUGAAUAUCGCGAAAACUCCCGCGGGUUGCGCGGCGAUUCAGUUGGCGGGGGGGAUUGCGCCGCUGGUUGAAGCGCUGGAAAGCGGAUCCGCGCGCGGAAAGGAGGAUGCGGUUGCGGCGCUGCUGAUGCUGGCGGAAGACGAGAGCCGGCGGGACGAGAUUCUCGAGGAGGGGGUGAUGCCCACGCUGGUUGCGCUGCAACAGUCCGGCACUCCGCGCUCGCGCGUCAAGGUUCCCAUUCAACUAAACACGUUCUCCCCCCUUCCUCUCCACCGCCCCUUCCCCGUGUUCUGCCGCAUCUGCUUUCAGGCUGCUCGUCUGCUGGCAAUCUUCCGGUCCAAGAAAUGA